GUCAAAUAACAUGUAAUUUUAAGAAAAAAUAUCUGCCAAUUUCUGGUGUUGCAAAUAAUAAUUAUAUUUGACAGUUAUCUCUGUUCACGAACUAAUGAAUCAUCUAUAUCUAAGCGUGGUCUACGAUAUAAAUCCAUACAAGAAUAAAAAUGUUGAUCUGUUUUUUACACAGCGUUUGUAGAGUGAUGCUAUAAAUCUAAAAUGUAGUUUGUGAAAAAAAUUCAUAUUACCAAUAUAAUAAAAGCUAAUUUUUUUGGCAAUAUUUUUAUUAUUAAUAUUUUUGUUUCGUACAACCAUAGAUAGAGAUAUUGGAUCAGCCAUAGACUUUUUGCAUUGAGAAUACGAGUACGUGGUAAUUUACCUGAGAGCAUAGAUUAAGAAUAGUACCUACCACAGACUACCAUAGACGUAGUAUAAUAGACUCGCCAACGGGAAACGUUAAAUUGGGCGAUAUUCUGAAAAAUGAAACUAAAAUUAAAAUACUUGAUGCUGGCAAAAAUAGACGUAAAAGUAAAUAUCGAUUGCCAUUGAAAAAAAGAAAAAAAAAAAAGCUUUGCCUACACAUGUGAUUAGUGUCAGUUGACAUUCAAAUAAUUUUUAUAAUUUUUUUUUUAUAAAAUAAUUCUUGUUAUAAAUGAUUUACACGAAGCAAGAAUGGUAUACUCCAGCUGAAGUUGCAGUCCACAACCGAGCUGGCGACUGCUGGGUUUCGCUUAAUGGGAAGGUGUACAACUUAACACCAUGGUUGCAGGAGCAAUUUAGGAUCUGCAAAUGCACCAAACAUUGUUCAUGUCCAAUAAAGAAUUGGUACUGUGGCGAGGAUUGCGUUGAAUACUGCCCUUGUUUUAAACGAGGCUUUUUAUAUUGCGACAGAAAAAGGUUAUCAAUGACAAUUCUCGCGUACGCCGGCAAAGACAUAAGCCACUGGUUCAAAGGCGAGGAGUGCGUUCGCUAUAUCCAUCCCAUCGUUGGUUCUUCCACCGUCUACUUGCCACACGGCCCUGGCCCUGAGCAGCCUGUGGUACCGUCAACUCGCUGGAGACCACAACAAAAUCCAUGGUGGACCGACGGUAGAUACGUGGUGGGGAAAGUUACUGCGAAGACCCGGCCGAUCAGGAUUACUAAUACUUUGACUAGCUCCACUGUAACCCUCGAGGUUUGCUCCGAGGAGACCCUCUAUCAGAUCAUGAUGCGGUAUCUGCCGCAUAACAGCCACAUGCUCUCGUACACUUGGCGGUACCUUGGCAAACCUCUGCAUUAUGACCAAACACUGGAAGAGAACGGUAUACCUGAUGAAAGAGAUCGAUUCAGCGAUGUGUUAUUGCCUGAGAAUAUUCAUAUUCCGGCAAUUUUGUUGUACUACAAUGACGAUUUGACUGAAGAUCCAGCAAGAGAUGAUUGUUUCUGUCACGAUUUUACUUGUUUGAUGCAUCGAGAUACAAAAUGUGGAGAGUAAAAUAAAAU